AUGCUCGGUAACCCAGACUUUGAGUCCCCCAAGUACGUGAAGUUGCAGGCGCUUGGCACGGGCUCUUUCGGGCAGGUGCUGCUGGCCCGCAGCUGCGCCACCAAUGAGCUCGUGGCAAUCAAGGUGAUGCGUCGCAUCGAUGUCGACAAAAACUUGGAACACGAGAUCCUGAAUCACUGCCGGCUGCGCCACCCCCACGUCAUCCAGUUCAAAGAGGUGUUCCUGACCCCGCACCAUGUCUGCAUAGCAAUGGAGUUCGCCUCGGGCGGGACCCUCUUCUCAUACCUGCAGCGCGCGGGGCGGCUGCACGAGCCGGUGGCGCGCUGGUUCUUCCAGCAGCUGAUCCUGGGGGUGGACCACUGCCACGCCAGGGGCGUGGCCAACAGGGACCUGAAGCUUGAGAACACCCUGCUGCAGGCCGUGCCGCAGCUGCCCUUGCCGCUGGUCAAGAUCUGCGACUUCGGUUUCUCCAAGGGGGACGACCAGUCCGCAGCCAAGUCCAAGGUGGGUACCUCGGCCUACAUGGCCCCCGAGAUUCUCAUCAACGCGACCGCCGCGGCCACCUACGACGGCAAGAUGGCGGACGUGUGGUCGUGCGGCGUCAUCCUGUUCGUCAUGGUGUGCGGCUGCUACCCCUUUGGCAACCUCCUGGAGAAAGGCGGCCGCGUGCCGCCGGCGCAGGAGAUCCUGCGGAUCCUGGAGCGCAUGCUGACUCAGGACCACGCCUUCCCCGCUGACCUGGCCCUCUCCGAAGGCUGCCGCGACCUGAUCUGCCGCAUGCUUGCGCCGGACCCGCGCGCGAGGAUUCGCGUGCCCGAGGUUCUGGCUCACCCGUGGUUUCAGAUCAACCUGCCGCCCGAGGCGAUUGAGAUGAAUGAGAGGUACCUGGCUGCUGGGCUGCCCGCGGGGGGGCAGGAUCUGGAUGAGAUACGCGCGCUGGUGGCCGAGGCGCGCAGCUCCGCGGCCGGCGCGCGCGCCGAGGCGUCCGCGCGCGCCGGCGCGGCGCGAGGCGCGGCGCAGGAGGAGGCGCGGCGCGCUGUGGCGCGCGAGGCGCUGAGGCAGUGGGCGGCCCGCCGUAUGGGCGCCCCUUGCUAG